GUGCUCCAGACAAUAGCUGCUGUGGGCAGUCACUCUCUUUGUAGAGGAGUGUUGUUUGGAGCGCUCCUCUCGUCGUUUUAAUGGGUCUGCGCGCUUUGUUCGCGGGCCCGUCGCCAUGGAGACCCUCUCCAUCAGGCCCGCGAGGGUCUGAUUGAUCGGCUGGACGGUGGAGGGGUUUUAUUUCCAUUCCCUGUAGAGUUCGCCUGUUAGUUUGAGAUCUUCUGCUGGUGAACAUGGCCGGCUCUGAAGGCUGCGCUCCGAGGAUGGCAUCAGUGAGCGACUCGCGUCUCCAGCCGGCACAGAAAGAUGCGGCCGACCAAAACUUUGACUAUAUGUUCAAACUCCUCAUCAUCGGCAACAGCAGCGUGGGUAAAACCAGCUUCCUGUUUCGCUACGCCGACGACUCCUUCACUUCAGCCUUCGUCAGCACGGUGGGCAUCGACUUUAAGGUCAAAACCGUUUUCCGCAACAACAAGAGGAUCAAACUGCAAAUUUGGGACACGGCGGGACAGGAGCGCUACAGAACCAUCACUACAGCGUAUUACAGAGGAGCCAUGGGCUUCCUGCUAAUGUACGACAUCACAAACCAGGACUCAUUCAACGCCGUUCAGGACUGGGCCACUCAGAUAAAGACGUACUCGUGGGAUAACGCUCAGGUGGUUCUGGUGGGGAACAAGUGUGACCUGGAAGACGACAGACUCGUCCCGACAGAGGACAGCCAGAGAUUGGCUCAGGAGCUCGGUUUCCAGUUUUUCGAGGCCAGCGCCAAAGACAGCAUCAACGUGAAGCAGGUCUUUGAGUGUCUGGUGGACGUGAUAUGCGAAAAGAUGAACGAAAGCAUGGACGGAGACGGUCCGGCGUCCAACCACAAAGACUCCAGCCUGCAGGACACGUCCUCUGAGGCGCACGGCGGCUGCGCCUGCUGAAAACAGACGCUCUCAAACCUCCUCACCUGUUCACUACUGUCUGGGAUGAUCUUUGCUUUCUCUCCUUUUAACCCAAACAGCGUGCGCUAAACGCGCUCCGUGCUGUUUGUUGGCCGAGAUCGGACGGCGUGGAUUAAAUCUGACGUGACGUCCUGUAGAUGUUCAAACAGCUGGAGACUUAAAGGUCCCUCCGCUCGCACUCGCACCCCGUUCUCCGUCUUUUCUCUGUCUUUCCCUAAAAAACGAGGGAUGUUUGUGGUUUUAGCACGUGUUCGCUAUCUCGUCGGAUACUGUAACCGUAACCGUCUGUAUCUGCAUGUCCAUCUGCUUUAAAUUACAGUCCUUGCAGCUCAUUCGGCUCUAUUAUGGAGAUAGAGGUGCGAUCGUGGGCUGUGGUUUAAAACUCAUGUGCAUCGCACACCGAGAAAUAUACACGCGCAAAUCAAUGUUUUACUGUAAUUCUUUUGGUAUAAGCGUUUUCUUAAAUUAUAAGAUAGCAAAUAAACUAUCUGCAAACCAAAAUGCCUGGCAUGCCGUCACAUGUUUUUUUUUUGUUUAGAAAAGUCACUUUAUUUAAAAAUAAAAAUCUGGACAUCCAUUAGUUUGUUUCUUCAUCGGAGCUGAUUUGGACAAAAAGUAAAAAUUUUUUUAAAAGUUUAUAAAAUUAAAAAAAUAUUAUAAAUUAUAUAUCCUUUACAUGACGUGUGUUUCUUCACUGGUGUUGUGUUGUU